AGGAAAGGGAUUCUAUAAAAGCUUAUAGUUCAUCUCAUAAAGGCCAUAUAUGCUCCCUUCCUUCUUAUUCUUAUUUCCCUAUAGGGCCUCUGCAGCGCCAUAUAAAUGGCCGAGAGCGCCGCCGCCACUGCCGCCGCUGCUGUUGACGCGGAGUCAAGGCGAGGGGAGUACACAAAAGAUGGAUCAGUGGAUCUCAAGGGAAACCCUGUUCUUAGAUCCACGAGAGGUGGUUGGACUGCUUGCUCCUUUGUUGUGGUGUAUGAAGUGUUUGAGAGGAUGGCAUAUUAUGGGAUCUCAUCAAACUUGGUGUUGUAUUUAACCACUAAAUUACACCAAGGCACGGUCUCAUCAGCUAAUAAUGUGACUAAUUGGGUUGGAACCAUUUGGAUGACUCCGAUUAUUGGUGCCUAUGUCGCGGAUGCGCAUCUCGGCCGUUACCGCACAUUCAUUAUCGCAUCCGUUAUUUAUCUCUUGGGAAUGAUACUAAUAACACUCUCAGUCUCCCUCCCCUCACUCAAACCCCCACCAUGCAAUCCCCACACCACCACGGCCGCCGCCGCUGGCCCCACAGCAUGCAGCACAAAGGCCUCCUCUCUGCAGCUCGGCGUCUUCUUUGCGGCGCUUUACAUCCUGGCAGUCGGCACGGGCGGCACAAAGCCAAACAUCUCGACGAUCGGGGCGGACCAGUUCGACGAGUUCGACCCGAGAGAGAAAGCCCACAAGCUCUCCUUCUUCAACUGGUGGAUGUUCAGCAUCUUCAUCGGGACGCUCUUCGCCAACACCGUGCUCGUUUACAUCCAGGACAAUGUAGGGUGGAGCCUGGGGUACGCCCUGCCGACGGCGGGGCUGGCAGUGUCGGUGGCGAUCUUCGUGGCAGGCACGCCCUUCUACCGCCACAAGCUGCCUGCCGGCAGCCCCUUCACCAGGAUGGCCAGAGUCCUCGUCGCGGCCGCCCGCAAGUGGCGGGUCCCGCUGCCCACCCAUCCCGACGACCUCCACGACCCGGACCUGCAGGACUACGCUAAUAAGAACCGCAAGUUCCGCCGCAUCCGCCCCACUCCCGCCCUCAGAGCCCUGAAUAAAGCCGCCGUAAAGACGGGCCCUGCAACACCAUGGAUGCUGUGCACGGUAACGCAAGUCGAGGAGACCAAGCUGAUAUUGAAAAUGAUACCGAUCUUAUUCGCGACGUUCGUCCCGAGCAUAAUGGUAGCUCAGAUCAACACUCUCUUCGUGAAGCAAGGCACCACUCUGAACCGCCACGUCGGCCCGCACUUUCAGAUCCCCCCCGCCACCCUCCAGGCCUUCGUCACGAUCUCAAUGCUUGUCUCCGUUGUGAUCUACGACCGAUAUUUCGUGACUUUCAUGCGGCGGUGGACCAAGGACCCCCGCGGGAUCUCUCUCCUUCAAAGAAUGGGAGUUGGUCUGGUCCUGCACAUUUUUAUAAUGGCGAUCGCUUCUGUCACGGAGCGUCGGAGGCUAAGCGCCGCGAGAGAGCACAAUGUAGUCGAGAGCGGGGGAAAGGUUCCGCUAACCAUUUUCAUUUUACUGCCUCAGUUUGUGCUCAUGGGCGUCGCAGAUUCUUUCUUAGAGGUGGCCAAGAUAGAGUUCUUUUACGAUCAGGCGCCCGAGGGGAUGAAGAGCCUCGGCACGUCCUACGCCAUGACGAGCUUGGGUGUUGGGAAUUUCCUUAGUAGCUUGCUUUUAUCCACGGUUUCGCGUAUGACCGAAAGGAAUGGACACAAGGGGUGGAUUCUUAACAACCUCAAUGAGUCUCACUUGGACUACUACUAUGCCGUUUUCACUGCCCUUAACUGCGCGAACUUGAUUUUUUUCUUCUUUGUAAGCCGAUUUUAUGUGUACAAGGCUGAGAUUUCGGAGUUCGCCGACGAAUCCAGAAGUGAAGAGAAACAGGUGCCUGUGCCAACAUUGACGAAUCGUAAUGGUCAGGUCUUGCAUUCGUAGAAUAUAUAUAUAUAUACCAGAGAGUUAUAAGGAAAAAGCAAAUGCGCAUGUUGGAUGCUUAGAUUAAUUUCAGCGUAUGUUGGAUGCUUAGCUUUGUAGGGGAUAUAAAGGCAACGAGAAAUCAAUACACACCUGAUUUAAUGUUACAUAUAUAUAUAGGCGAUGUAAGGGAAAUUUAAUUUACAGCUGUAUCACUGUGUGGAUGAAAUAGUUCUAAUUUAAAUUAAACAGGUAUUCUAAUUUAUUUUGCAUGUC